UGCGCGCUGCGCGCUGUCCCAGGUCGGAAACCAGUGCCCCAGGCGGCUAGGAGAGCGGCGCCUGGCAGGGAUGCUGCGGGCGGGAGCACCAACCGGGGACUUACCCCGGGCAGGAGAAGUCCACACCGGGACCACCAUCAUGGCAGUGGAGUUUGACGGGGGCGUGGUGAUGGGUUCUGAUUCCCGAGUGUCUGCAGGCGAGGCGGUGGUGAACCGAGUGUUUGACAAGCUGUCCCCCCUGCACCAGCGCAUCUACUGUGCACUCUCUGGUUCAGCUGCCGAUGCCCAAGCUGUGGCCGACAUGGCCGCCUACCAGCUGGAACUCCAUGGGAUAGAACUGGAGGAACCUCCACUUGUUUUGGCUGCUGCAAAUGUGGUGAGAAAUAUCAGCUAUAAAUAUCGAGAGGACUUGUCUGCACAUCUCAUGGUAGCUGGCUGGGACCAACGCGAAGGGGGUCAGGUAUAUGGAACCCUGGGAGGAAUGCUGACUCGACAGCCUUUUGCCAUUGGUGGCUCCGGCAGCACCUAUAUCUAUGGUUAUGUGGAUGCAGCAUAUAAGCCAGGCAUGUCUCCUGAGGAGUGCAGGCGCUUCACCACAGACGCUAUUGCUCUGGCCAUGAGCCGGGAUGGCUCAAGCGGGGGUGUCAUCUACCUGGUCACUAUUACAGCUGCUGGUGUGGACCAUCGAGUCAUCUUGGGCAAUGAACUGCCAAAAUUCUAUGAUGAGUGAAACUUCCCCAGACUUCUCUUUCUUAUUUUGUAAUAAACUCUCUAGGACCAAAA